AUGAACGGCAGGAAGAAUUUUGCGAAGUAUAUGGAAAAGAAAAUGUUUCACGCGGCACCAAAGGAAAAGAUGAAUGACGAUUUUAGGAACAUGAGGAAGGAAGAAAAUAUGAGCAAUGUGGUAAACACUAGCGAGAGGAGGAUUCUAUUUUACAAGACGAAGAUUUGCCCAUGGUAUAUUAAGGGGAAGUGCGAAAGGAGGAAGACCUGCUUGUAUGCGCAUGCACAGAAUGAACUGAGAGAGUUGCCCAAUUUGUGUAAAACGAGCUUGUGCCCGAAAUUGAAAAUUAACGAAUCAUGCAAUGAUAAGAAAUGCAAGUAUGCACACACGAACAUCGAAUUGAGAGCCACAGAGAAUUUGUACAAAACGGCCUUGUGCGAAAGCUUCCUUAAGGGGAAAUGUUUCUCAGGGCAAUUUUGCAGAUAUGCUCAUGGGCAGAAUGAAUUAAGGGAACAUCCAAUGGAAAUAACAGACAAGAAUAUAAUCAUUGGAACGAACAAAAUGAAAAAUGACAAAUUGGAUUAUGAGAAAAAGAAGAACGGACAUGGCAUGAGCAACCAUGUGCACAAUGGAGAACACGGAAAGAGGAAUGAAACUUAUUGUGUUAUGCCCAAGAAGAAGGAGACGACUCACCCGAACAAAGUUAGCGCGCUCACGGAAGAUGAUGGUGUUGGCGAAGUUACGGAAGCAAUGGACCCCCACGCACAGAACGGCAGCACGACGGACAAUUCCUACGACUGCAGCAAGAAGGGAGGUGCAGAGAACGCCGCCAAGAGUGGAAGCGCGAAUGGAAGCGGAAAUGGCUCCCAGCACGGCGGAAAACACGGCUCAAAUCAUGGGUCAAAUAACGGGCCAAUUAGCGGGCCAAAUCACAGCUCGAACCACAACGGAAACAAGAAUGGCAGGAAGAACGAUGGGCACGACUACCACAAGAAGGGCCACAAGAACCACAAGCAUAAGAACGCCGAAAUUAUGAACAACAACAAUAGCAGGAGGUGUGAAGGAAGGAACAGGAAUGCCACCCCAUCUUCUGUAGGAAAUUACCUAAAGAAUGAGGAUUCUACAAAUUUCAAUGAGGAGCAAUUUCUGAAUGACAAUUUGAACGUUUUGGGCUUUUUAGAAGAACACAACAAUGGCGUAGAAAAAUUUGGAAAGGGAAGCAACAUUGGGAGCAGUAUGCUAAAUGAAGUUGGAAAUAAUUCGUUGGGAAAUUUUGAGAACAACAACAUGAUUGGAAGUAGUGAUAACAACAGCGGAGCCCUAAUGACAUAUGCGAGGAACAAUAAAGGCGUUAGGAACAGCAGCAAUUCAUCCUCCUUAAUGAACUUUAACAUGACCUCACCGAAUGCUGAAAAUUUGGACAUGAGUAUGAAUAUGCACAAUAACGGGGCGGAAGAUAAUUAUUAUAAUUUCACGGGAACGAACCUGGACAAGCUGAAUUACGAGGACCUUUUUUUUAGUACCAACACCAUGAACAACAAUGUCAACGCCAUGAACACCUUGAAUAGCAUGGGCAGCAUGGGAAGUAUGAGCAGCUUCAAUAGCAUGAACAGCGCCAAUGCCUUGGGUGGCAUGAACAUGAACAACGGGAACAGCGGGGGCAACAUGAAUUGUGUCAGCGGCAUGAACGGUCUAGGUAUGAACAACAUGAGUAACAUGAGUAACAUGAGUAACAUGAAUAACAUGGCCAUGGACAUGACCGGCAUGAACGGGAUGAACGGAAUGGUUAACCUGAACAACAUGAGCAACAUGAAUGUGAACGACCUGAAUGACCUGCCGCUCGACAUGAACAACCUGAACGACCUACCCCUCAACAUGGACAACAUGAACGACAUGAGCUUGAACAUGAACAUGAGCUGCAUGAACAACGGGUGCGAAAUGAGCACUAGCGGCAUGCACGUGAACAACGGCGGAGAUUGUAAUAGCAGGACGCAACACAUGCUGUGCAAUUACCUGAUGCUUGAAAAAGAACAAACGAAUAACGGAAUGGCAAGGCCUGAUUUAUCAGGCAACAACAGGAACAUAAUGAGCGGCAAUAAUAUGAUGGACGUUGGAGUAGACUGUGAACAGCAGGCUAACUUGGGCAGCAAAAUGAUGAAGGAAAAGGAGAACCCCGACAACCAUGUUAGCUGGGAAAAUUUCUCUCUAUUCGGGAAGGCCAAAAGUUUAGGUGCAGAGAAGGACUAUUUCAAAAUUUUCAAUUAUGGAAUGUGCAACAAUUAUGACAAGAAGUUGUUUGAAAACCAUGACGUGCACAAGAGGGAAAUGGACAAAGUUGAUAAAUCCUUGUUUAUUCUUUAA